UCAAGUCUUUUAAAUUUUCAAGUGAUUAUUAUUUUAAAACGAUUUUUAAAAACAUGGCUGGUUCAAUUGAAGACAACGCAGCAUUAUAUAAGAAGAAGACCUACACUUAUGUGCCACCAUCGUCACCGGCUGAACUCAUUGAAGCCACAAGCUUCACACUUGACUUUGCGAGUCGCAAAUUUAUACAAGUCGGUAUUCUACCAGAUGAAAAAUACCAGGUCGUUGUAAAUAUAUUAACUUCACCGAGAUACGUUCAUAUUACUCCAGUCUUUUUAAAAAAAAUAUUUUCUUAUAUGGGGCAUAUCCUGUCUUUUAUACUGGAUACGCCGCAGAAAUAUAAACGCGUUAUAUUUUUCGAAGACGAGAUAGUGAAACUAUCAAGUAUGGUCUAUACCGGGGAAAAUGUGCUUGUGAUUGAGUCUAAAACCCGAGACGGUUGUAGAGUUCUACUGAACCGAGCAGAUCUUAUUCAACUACAAUAUCUGGAGCGGAGCAUUACAGAAAGUAUUAUACGAAAAGAAGUUUACAGCACGCCAUUAAUUCAAAGCCAGAGCAAGGAGUUCGUAAUAUACCUACACGAGAAAUGUUUACAGAUGGAGUCACCACCGAUAAAUUUGAAUGAGAUGACAACAUUCAUUAAAAACGUGGAAGACGAUAGAGUCAUCAAAUCUUUUCCAAACCUGGCACACCAAAUACAAAUAUGUGCAGCUAAACCACUAGCAGAAUCUGUGCUAAAUAAGUUACAGAAUGUUGAGAUGGAUUCACCAACCUCGCCAAGCUAUUCACCGGUCGGCGAUAUAUUCAACGAGCAAGACGAAUCACUUAUACAGUUAAAGCCACUAGAUUAUAUUGACGGCCCAACCGAGAUUUCUAAUCAACAUUCGGUCGACGUAAACGAUGGACCAGAUUUCUACAAUCUAUUUUAUUCACCGCCGGCUUACAUCGAACAUGCAGUGCCAACACAAAAACGAUCUCCUUCAACAUUCGCUGAACACCCAAAACCAGUACGCAAUGUUAAACCGCGUCUAUUUUAAUAUGUGUAAAAUAAUUUAUGUGAAAUAAAAA